AUGGAGAAACUCACCCCUUCCUGUCGCCCCCCACACAGACAGGGUUUCAGGGUCAGUCAGACCACUUCCUGUGAUCCUAGCAUGGUCCAAAGGAGAUAUGACAUCAUCAGAACCGUCCUCUCAAGCAGAGCCUUCUGCACAUUGGGAAGCAAGCAGGCUGUUGCCGUGGACUACCUGCCUGUCCUCCGCACCAUCUGCCAAUCAGAGAGAACUCAGGAACAGGGCCAAGGCAGGUUUCCGCAUUACCUCAGCAGUACUCACCUGGGCCUCCCUAAGGCCACUGUGAGACUCCUUGCAGAUUAUUUCCCAUGACAAUGACCAUUGAAGUCAGCAAGACUACACAAACAGAUCUGAAACUACUAGGCAACAUGUCUGGCUCUCUACACUGCAUAACAGGGAGGUUAAUGCU